AUGACGAGCACUGAGCGCGAAGCCGAUCACUCACCGGAGUCGUACCAUUUUCAGCACGACCGUCUUCCCAGUUGGCGUCUUUUUAUUCUCUUAUCUUCACAACACCCCCAUCUGUGGAAAAACACCCACUCGGGGCAUUCAAUUGUUCGCCAUCGACUUUGGCCCUCGAGACAGAAAUUCAGCACCGACAUCGCCGAGCUCGCAGAACAAGACAACGAGCCCAUCACUCUCACCCCAAAAGUGUGA